AUGGCAGACUCCAAAGCACCCGUCCCGUCCGCGGACGACAAGGAGAUGGGCGUCCACCAACACGCCGACUCACCCCCGGCGGCGUCCCAACACCCGGAAGAGCUCGCCGCCGAAGCCAAGCAGGCCGCCGAAUCGGAGCACAACAUGACCCUCAUGCAGGCCAUCAAGACGUAUCCCAAGGCCAUCGGCUGGUCCGUCCUCCUAUCCUCGACCCUCAUCAUGGAGGGCUACGACCUCGCGCUCCUCGGAAACCUGUACUCUUCGCAGUACUUCAACCAAAAGUACGGAGCCUACAGCGAGGCCCAGGGCAAGUAUGUGCUCUCCGCCGCCUGGCAGUCCGGUUUGUCAAAUGGAGCUCGCGGUGGAGAGAUCAUCGGCCUCAUCCUCGCCGGUUGGACGGCCGAUCGCUAUGGCUAUAAGAUGACUACUAUCGGAUUCCUGGUUUUGAUGAUUGCCUUCAUUUUCGUGCUCUUCUUCGCCCCGAAUGUAAAGAUUCUGGUGCUGGGAGAGGUUCUCUGUGGAAUUCCAUGGGGCGCCUUCCAGAGCGUUACGCCCGCAUACGCCUCUGAAGUGGCACCCGUUAUUCUCAGACCGUAUCUGACGACUUUCAUCAACAUGUGCUGGGUCAUCGGCCAAUUUUUCGCCGCGGCGGUAAACAAAGGAUCUUUCCAACACGCCAACGAGUGGGCAUACAGAAUCCCGUUCGCAGUCCAAUGGGUCUGGCCAGUUCCGAUCCUCAUCGGUGUCUGCUUCGCCCCUGAAUCCCCGUGGUGGUACGUCCGCCACAACAACAAAGCCGCCGCCAAGCAGUCCCUCCUGCGCCUCACCUCCCGGAACCAGCCGGACUUCAACCCGGACGAGACCAUCGCCAUGAUCGAGCACACCAACGAGAUGGAGAAGCGCGUCAAGGAGGGCGUCACCUACCGCGACUGCUUCAAGGGCACCGACCUCCGCCGCACCGAGAUCGUCAUCGGCAUCUGGCUCGUCCAGACCCUUGGCGGCCAGAACCUCAUGGGCUACUUCUCCUACUUCCUCGUCCAGGCCGGCAUGGACGCCGACAACUCCUUCUCCCUCUCCAUGGGCCAGUACGCCCUCGGCAUGGUCGGCACCGCCGGGUCCUGGUUCCUCAUGCACAAGAUCGGCCGGCGGACGAUCCACUUCUCGGGUCUCUGCGCGCAGUUCACGCUGCUCCUCAUCGUCGGCUGCCUUUCCUUCUCCGGGGCCAACGCCUCCGUCUGGGCCAUCGCCGCGAUGCUCAUCAUAUUCACCUUCGUGUACGACUUCACCGUCGGGCCCGUGACGUAUUCCCUCAUCUCGGAACUCUCGUCGACGCGUCUGAAGGCCAAGACUAUUGUGAUGGCCCGCGCGGCGUACAACGCCAGCAACAUCUUUGUCAACGUCAUGACCAACUACCAGCUAUCUUCUACGGCGUGGAACUGGGGUGCCCGCACUGCCUUCUUCUGGGCGGGGACCUGUCUGCUGUCUUCCAUCUGGGUCUACUUCCGCGUGCCGGAGCCCAAGGGCCGCACGUACGCCGAGCUGGAUCUGCUGUUCGAGCACGGCGUGCCUGCCAGGCAGUUCGCCAAGACGAAGAUCGACCCCUACUCGCAGGAGCUUAGUAGCGAGAAGAAGCUGGUCGAGGAGCACUGA